AUGAUUUCAAGGAAUACUACUACUUUACUCAAAAGACUAUCUCCUACUCUUCGUAUCGCCAUGCCAAAUAGUCAUCUUUAUGCUCACCACGGCUCCCCUUUCAAGAGAACUGAAUCCACUCAAUCUCUAAUCAGUCUCAAUAGAAAUCCUUUCAAAAUUACUGUCAUAGGUUCAGGUAAUUGGGGUACCACCAUUGCAAAGGUCGUAGCUGAAAAUACUCAGCAUUUCCCUCAUCUAUUCCAAAAGGACGUCAAUAUGUGGGUCUUUCAAGAAAAAAUUGAUGGUGAAAAUUUAACUGAUAUCAUAAAUACAAAACAUCAAAACGUCAAAUAUUUACCAAAUAUUGAUUUGCCUGAAAAUUUAAUCGCUAAUCCUGAUCUAUUAGAUUCUAUUAAAGGUGCCGAUAUCCUGGUAUUUAACGUCCCUCAUCAAUUUUUACCAAAAAUUGUAGAAAGUUUGAAGGGUCAAGUGAAACCAUGGGUACGUGCUAUAUCAUGUCUAAAAGGUUUUGAAGUCGGUAAGAAAGGUGUACAACUACUUUCUUCAUACAUUACAGACGAAUUAGGAAUCCAAUGUGGUGCUCUUUCGGGUGCUAAUUUGGCCCCAGAAGUCGCCAAAGAACAUUGGUCUGAAACUACAGUCGCUUACCAAUUACCGAAAGAUUAUAAAGGUGAAGGUUUAGACGUAGACCAUAAAGUCUUAAAAGCUCUUUUCCACAGACCUUAUUUCCACGUAAAUGUGAUUGAUGACGUAGCCGGUAUUUCAAUCGCCGGUGCUUUGAAAAAUGUCGUCGCUUUAGGUUGUGGUUUCGUCGAAGGUCUAGGUUGGGGUAAUAACGCUUCUGCCGCUAUACAAAGAAUCGGUCUUGGUGAAAUUAUCAAAUUCGGUCAAACUUUCUUCCCUGAAUCAAGAGUCCAAACUUAUUAUCAAGAAUCUGCUGGUGUUGCCGAUUUAAUCACCACAUGUUCCGGUGGUAGAAACGUUAAAGUGGCUAAGCAUAUGGCCAAGACAAAGAAAAAUGCUUUCGAAGCAGAAAAGGAAUUAUUGAAUGGUCAAUCUGCUCAAGGUAUCAUCACGUGUAAAGAAGUUCACGAAUGGUUAUACACUUGUGAAAUGACCGAUGAAUUCCCAUUAUUCGAAGUCGUUUAUCAAAUCGUUUACAAUAACUUCCCAAUGGAAGGUCUACCGGAAAUGAUUGAAGAACUCGGUCCAAUUGAAGAAUAG